GAAUCCGAAUCCGAACUCAUAGUUCACUGCAAGAUGCGCAGAGAGCGGAAACAGUGUUUCAAACACAACAAGCGAAAAUGCUUCCAGAGCGAGUCUGCCGCUGGCUGGGGCUCAUAAUGCUGGCAGGCUGCUGUGUGUUGCAGGUGCAGGAUGUCCGGGCGAAUGAGUCAUGUGUAAGCGCUACCAGCACAUUCGCCACAGUCAUCGAUACGACGUACAGCAUGGGAGACGACAUAGCCGAGGUUUGCGACUUCAUGAACCUUUUGGCGGCAUCUGUUGCAGAGCGUUUCAACGACUUUCUCUUCGUUCCGUUCAAUGACGUUGGUGGAAAUCUAACUCCGUAUGGCCCUGCUAAGAGACUAGCAACAGCCCGGGCAUUGGGCCAAGAGGUAUGCAGAUGGCCAGGCCGUGUUACGGGCGGCGGAGACUGCAACGAGCUCUCGCUGAGCGGCUUAUCAUUGGCCAUACAAGAGUCAAGUCCGGACUCGGUCAUCGUAGUGUUUACCGAUGCUGGUGCCAAGGAUGUGGACAAACUCGGCUCCGUACUCUCUGAGAUUCGCCGGAAGAGGUUGAAGGUUUUCUUUCUCCUGAGUAAAACGUGUGGUGACACUCGCAGCCCUGGCUACCUCGCGUAUGACACGAUAGCAUCCACCUCUGGUGGUCAGGUGUCCAUGCUCCGCGAAGUCGACAUUCCCGAGCUGCUCCGGUUCAUCCUGGUCGGAGAGGGCUCCCUGUCAUGCCGAUCAAACCCUCUGGUAUUGUCGGAGAGCAGGCCAAACCGAUGGUCCAAGUCCUUCAUCAUACCCGCCAAUACGGAUACGCUCACCGCACAGGUGAGCUGCCAGAGCGGCCGACCGUUUGCCCAGCUCAUGCACGGCAGUUCGGCCAACCGCGGACCUGUGUCGACUGUCAACUUGCCCAAUGGGCUACUGCUCACGACUAGCAACCCGACCAGUGGCGGAGGAACAAUACUCAUCAUGCACUCGUCCAGAUGCUCGGUCAGUGUUGUUUCAGUUGGCUGCAAUCAGGCUUCAGCGGUCAUCUGUGGAUUUUCCGCUCGAAGACGUGAGACAGUGUCCAGAGUCCCUACAGCUGACGUGACGCAUUUUCAUUUUCAAAGCCAACCGGGAGUCCGAAUCACCCGCCUGCGCUUCAUCUCCCCAGAUGGACGAAUCCUGAAUGAGCGCUCGCUAAACUCAGUCGUCACCUCCUCGGAUGGCAAAUUCAGUGUCGGUCGCUAUCGCCUUCCAAGAGAAACAUUCCGCUUGGAAAUCUCGGGUGUCGACCGCUUGAAUCGGCGAUUCUCCACGCUUUCAGCAACUGCAUAUGAUGCAUCGCUCCUGAGAAGUCCGGUGGCGAUUGCUCAAGUUCCAGUCACCAAUCGUUUCACGGCAGUGCGCUGUGCCGAGGUGACGGUGCGGUGCUCGGUUCAACUGGAUGGCCUGCAGGUUCCCGUCACCUGGGCUAAAGACGGCAGAACGCUGGCCGCCGACCACCGUCUCGGUAUCAGCGGCACGCGUGGAGAGGUGCUGACGUUCAGGACCGUUGUCAGGAGCGACGAAGGCGUCUACACGUGCUUUCCGGCAACGGCGUCAGGACAGCGGACUUACGUAGCUGUCCACAUGACUGUGCAGGACAACCCUGGCAUACCUGAAGAAGACUGCAAUGUCUGCUCAGAGUUGCGCUGCCCGGACUCGCCAGUGCUGGAGUGGCAUCACAACAACACACAGUUGUCUUCUGGACCUGAGUACACGAUUCUCCGGCCGGACACGCUCCGGUCCUGUCGCCGACCGUUGUCUGAUCGAGCCGGUGUGUAUACCUGUGUGACCCAGCGUGGCACAUGGUCGUUCACAGUGACAUCAACGUUUCACACAUUCCUGGGAUCGGUGACCGGAGCAGCACAGCAACGGGAAACCGUCUUGGGAGGUUGCGACGUGCAUGGCAAUGUACAACAUGGCGCUGUGAGAUAUUCUGCAUCUGGCCGUGGUACACGUGCAGAGUUCUCUUGCCAGCCUGGCUACACGCUAUCAGGACGUGCGCGAUCGGACUGUGUCUCGGGUACUUGGUCAUCGGCAGCCCCACCAGUGUGCCUUGUGAUGGUCACUGCUCCGCCAGCCACCACACCACCUCCAGCACCGAGUACUGUGGUGGGAGGUUGCGAGUACUUGCCAGCCAUUACCAAUGCCAGAGUACGCUACACAACAGUUGCCUGCACAACCCGUGCCACGAUAACAUGCGACCGAGGCUACCAGGUGGCUGGUCAGGCUAGUAACACCGUGUACUGUAUUGCGGGGUCAUGGACAUCCAGUACAGGCAGCUGUGUCAUUAAGCAACUACCACCACUACCGGCCCCUCCACCCACCACUGACUCCUCAGCGGGCUGCGGAGUAUCUCUGCGGGAAUCCCAAGUACAAACCCAGCAGCUCAAGCGCACCAUUGUGGCAAUGCAGCAGCACGUAGUUGCUCUCAGAGAGCUUGUCCAGGACAAGGACAACGAGAUCAGCACGCUUACCGAUGAAGUCGAGGAGCACCUGUUGACCAUCACGUCCUUGCGCGCCGAUGUCAACACGUUGAAGAGUGGUGUGGCAACUCUGACGGUCAUGCAGAACGAGAACGCUCGCUUUAAACAGCAGAUGGCCACCCAGCUGGUCACGAUUAAGGGUCUUCAAAGUGAGGCAGACCGGCUCAAUGCUAGCGUGACAGUACAGGAAGAAGUGACCAAGGACUGCCAGGCAAAGCUAACUGUCAUUCAGCAUGUACUGGGAACCUGCCCGGCACCAUAAGAAGCUCUGAACCGCACUACUCAUCUCGCCACUCACUGGAGUUUCCUGUGCUUGAAGUAAUGCUGCAACCGGCUAUAUUAUGAUAAAUUAACAAACUCAGAGGUAUUCCUUCAAGAGUACUUGAUACACGUGACCGUAUCACUUGCUACGGGUAGCUCUGUGUUCUGCCCCACACUUUCAGGGUAUAUUUUGCUGCUCCGGCCUGCACAUGCACAGCUUCCAAUCUCACACAAUUGGACUUGCAUGUGCAUGUAACUUAUCUAGCUGUGUGAUGAUAAUUAUUAUUGUCUUUCUGCCCCAGCCUAUCAAUACUUAGAAGUAUUUGCUGUUUUACGUUACGACACACAUGCCCUUUGAUAUGCACGGGUGAGCAAAGUUUGUACGUGACUUUACGAUAAGGGUCGGAGCUGCAUGAGUUCUGUGCUAGUAUAUGCCAGUAUCUGUGGUGGCUAUGCCUUAGCUUAUACUUGGUGUUUUGGAGCUGCUGAGUAGUCAUAAUACUACAUUGCAAUGGCAAGUACAUUAUAAUUAUGAAAUGGAGACCUUCAUCAUUAUCAUCAUCAUUAGCGUCAUCACCACAAUAUACUUGUGCGGGCAAUAGCAUCGGAUGCAUUGAACCUGCAACGGAAGAAAUUGUUAUCAA